CCGAGGAAAGAUGGGAUUUCUGGGUCCGAUGUCCUGGAUUCAGGUCCUCGUCUCUGCGCUUUUGAUGAACGCAGGUUGGUGGGUUUGCGAAGGAGCCAAUCUCCCUCCGGUCUUCACGCUGGACAUAAACAAUUUGGCGUUGGCAGAAACGACGCCUGUUGGAACUGUUGUUUUCACUUUGGAAGGCUCAGAUCCGGAAAACAGCACCGUGCAUUUCGGCCUUAACGGCACCGACCUCUUAAAGGUCAACAGGGAUACGGGCGCCGUUACAGUCGUAAAGCCCUUGGACAGAGAGAUCAACGACACUCUGAACUUUUCUGUGACCUUGGAGGAUGAAGUGCAGGAUGCCCCCGUCGGUGGUAACAAUCUGGUAACCGUUCCGGUGACGGUCAUCAUCCUCGACGAGAACGACAACGCUCCGAUGUUCCAAAACGUGCCAUACGAGAUUAACGUGAAGGAGGAUGAACCUAUCGGCAGCACCGUCUUCUCGGAGGUGGUGCUCUCCGAUCCCGAUUCUCUCGGUGAGAGCAUCGAGGUGGAAUGCAUAAACUUGCCGGGAUUCGAGCGAGCCUGCGAAAUAUUCGAGCUGCAGGCCGUCGAAAGUUCGCAGAACACUUACAAAGGUGUGUUCGUGCUGAAAAAGAAAUUAAACUACACAAUGCAAGAUACUUAUGAAAUUCUACUCAAAGCCACGGACGGACAACUCAACAGCACCGUCAAAGUGAACGUCAACGUUGAGGAUGUGCAGGAUACUCCUCCCAAGUUCAUAGGAGAACUCGAAGCACAAAUCUACGAAAACGCCUCGAUUAACACGCUCGUCCUCACAUUGCAUGCCGUCGAUGGCGACAGGCAACAUCCCAGGAAGAUACACUAUGAACUAGUCAAUAAUCCCAUGAACUAUUUCCUGUUGGAUUCUGUGACGGGUGAACUGAGGACGGCCAAACCGCUGGACAGGGAAUCGAUAGAUAAUCCUGACGGGAUUUUAACGCUCAACAUUAAGGCAAGGGAGAUAAUCGACGGGCAAAAAGGCAAUGAUCCGUUGACGGUGACAACGGCCGAUGUUAAAAUAACUGUGAAGGAUGUGAACGACGAGCCGCCCACAUUCAAUAAGCGAGAUUAUUACGUGGAAAUACCGGAGAAUAUUCCUGAAGGAUCGGCGCUUCCCGAUCUGGACAUGACCGUUAACGAUCCCGAUUUGGGUGAGAAUUCAGAGUUUUCGUUGGCGCUGAACGACAUCUCGAACGCGUUUUCCAUCGAACCGAAAUCUGCGACAGGUUCAACGCCGGUAACAAUUCGCGUGACCAACAGUUCUUUGGAUUACGAGAAUUUGAAUCAAAGAAAGUUCUUGAUCUUGGUGGUUGCCAAAGAGUUGCACACCGCGGAGCAGCUGUCCUCGACGGCGACGGUGACCAUCACUGUGACGGAUGCAAACGACAAUGCGCCCACGUUCGAUCAGGACAGUUACGUCGCUACAAUUUCCGAAAUCUCUUCGCCCGGAAGUUUGGUGAGCACCAUCGUGGCAAGGGACAGGGAUAGCGGAAGAUUCGGGGAGAACGGCAUCCUCUAUUCGUUGGCCGGAAAUGGGGCAGAGAAGUUCCACGUCAACAACCGGACCGGAGCCAUCACCGUCGCAAAAUGCUCUCAUCCGGGCGAAGAGGACUGUCUCGAUUACGAAACGAAAUCCGAGUAUCUCCUAUCAUUUAAGGCCACAGAUGAUGAUGGCAAGGGACAGACAUCGAUUGUACCUCUAAAAAUAGUUCUGACGGACAACAACGACAAUCCUCCAGUGUUCGGACAGGACGUCUACAGAGUAUUCAUAGAUGAAGGAGCGACUCGUUUCGAUCCUGAUCUGGUCAUAACGGCAACGGACAAAGACAAAACUUCGCGUCUAACGUACUCUAUCAUCGCUGGAAAUGCGGACGGUUCGUUCUAUAUCAAUCCUGAUUCUGGAAGGAUCAGGAUCACCAAAACCACGGGUCUGGACAUGAGCAAUGCCGACGAUCUUGUUCUCACAGUCGAGGCUAACGAUGGUAAAUAUACGGCAAGCGCUUUAGUGAAUAUAACUGUAAGGGAUAUAAACAACAAUUCGCCGAAAUUCGAGGAGGAGAAUUACGUGGUUGCAGUUAAAGAGGAUGUGGCUGUAGGUUCAUCGGUGAUUCAGGUGAACGCGACCGAUGCAGAUGUCGGUCUUAACGCCGACGUUCUGUACAAGCUGACCAAAGGCUCUUUAGACGAUUUCAACAUUGAUCCUGAAUCCGGCAUUGUCACAGUCUCUUCCAAAUUGGAUUACGAUAGGCGCAACACUUACAACAUCGAAGUAGUUGCUACCGAUAAGGGUUCUCCAGCUCUAACCGGAACAGCGACUUUAACAGUCAAUAUCAUUAAUACAAACGAUAAGUUACCCUACUUCGUGCCAACGACGCAAAAGGCAGAGGUAUUGGAGGAUGCACCCGUCGGAACCGUUGUCCAUACACUGGUGGCCCUUGAUCCGGACGUGAAUGGAUCGGAGGCUUUGAAUUUUGCUGCAACAGAACCCAUCACCGCUUUGGAUAAGCACGGGCACAAAGUAGAAGGGACCGAUGGUUUUAAAGAUUUCUUCUCCGUGGACAAAAACAACGGAAAAGUCACGGUGGUGAAUCCUCUUCUAAGGGAUAUUGCGGCUGUAAUUAGGAUCACUGUUCUUGUGACCGAUAUUACUGCGACCAACAUGCAGCAAGGCGAAGGAAUGUUAAUCAUAACAAUCACUGACGUUAAUGAUUCUCCACCGGCUUUUACUCCACCCUGGACUCCUCAAAGGCCGUUUUACGACCUGCAGCUGAAGGAAGAAUUACCUGUUGGUACCAUAGUGUCAACAUACAACGCUUACGAUGAAGAUUCAGAGAUCGCAGGAUACACGAUCUGGCCUCAGAGCGAGUACUUCGAAAUCAACAAUGGUACAGGGAUCGUGCAGAUCAAGAAAGUCAUCGACUUUGAGCAGACCGAGAAUCUGAACUUCACCAUCGUCGCGUUCGACUCUGGUGUGCCUCAAUUGAAUACAAGCGCGACUAUUCGUGUGACCGUCGUAAACAUCAACGAUAACGACCCGAAAUUCAGUAAAGAGAUGUACAACGUCUCCGUGGAGGAGAACAUACCGAAAGAUGCGCACAUAGUGACGGUGAAUGCAACGGACGCAGAUGCCGGUGAAUUCGGAAAGAUCACCUACAACCUGACCGGAGAGCACAGCGAGAACUUUAAGAUCGAUCAAGAAACUGGUGAAGUAACUGUCGAGAAUCCAAAUUUCCUGGACAGAGAAGUCCUCGAAGAUGUAACCAUCCAAGUGGUGGCAAGUGAUGGAGCUCCUGGAAACCUGAAGCGCACCGUCAGCGUUCCAAUCCACAUCUUCAUUCGAGAUGUUAACGAUAACGCUCCCAAAUUUAACCAGAGUAGCUACAAUGCCACCGUCGUAGAGAACGUCCGAUUGAAUCCUCCAGUUCCCAUUGUCACAAUAAAUGCAACGGACGGCGACGUCGGGAUCAACGGAAUCAUCAAAUACAAAAUCCUGACGGGCAACGAAAAAAAUGUAUUUUUGCUGGCCGAAGACACGGGAAUCUUGUAUCCGCAUAAAUCUUUAAUCGAUGGACAACACGUGUACAAUUUAUUGGUCGAAGCCCGAGACGUCGAAGGAACGGGUAAACUAUCGGACAGGGCCAUGAUUAAUAUCGAGGUGCAGAACGUGAACGAAUUCAAACCCGCCUUCAUCAUGCCAGCAUUAUUGAAUUCCACCGUGGAAAUUAUCGAGACUGCUGCUAUUCCGGAUUUCCUUGUGAUGACUGUAAAGGCGACGGAUAAGGAUUCUGGAGAGAAUGGUAGAAUAACAUAUCAUUUGAGGAUUGAUGGCGAGAACGUGCAGGAGACUGAAGAGUUCGCUAUAGAAGAGAAGACUGGGGAGUUGAAGUGCAAGAGGAUGUUGGAUAGAGAGGUUCAAGGACGUUAUGAGCUCGUUUUGGUGGCACGGGAUCACGGAAUGCCCAAAUGGUUCGAAACUGUGCGAUACUUAACCAUUUUGCUGGUGGAUAUGAACGAUAAUCGACCAGAAUUUCCGGAUACGAAAACGACGAAUCCGUACAUCUUCUACGUGGAUGAAAACGAUGAGAAGAACCUACGAAUCGGACAGGUGAAAGCUCUUGAUCGAGAUGAGGGCAAACACGCUAAGGUGUAUUAUUACAUGCUCGCUGGGGAUGAGGAUCAUGCCUUCAGAUUGGACAAACUCGACGGUAGUUUGUACACGAACAAGUCGUUUGAUCGCGAAGAGAAGAGUGAGUACAAUCUGUUCAUCUUGGCCAACAACGAUCCGGACUUUUACUUGACCGACGAGGACAGACAUCGGCUCAGCGACGACGAGAUCAUGCACGAUAUUGGAGUGGCCAAAGUUCUGGUGGUCAUCAACGACAAGAACGACAACGCUCCGAAAUUCGUGAAGCCCACAUAUUAUGCGGCGGUGAACGCGAUGGCCAAUAUUAACAACUUCAUCGCAAACGUGUCGGCAAUCGAUCCAGAUGCCGGCCCCAACGGGACCAUAACUUAUUACAUAAAGGCGUCCAACUUGUACAAGUACGGAUCGGACAAGAGUUCCGGCUCGAUAAUCCCGUCGCCGUUCAACAUCUCGCAGACCGGACAUCUGAACACGGCGACUUAUCUGGCCGAGAACAAUCAGCACAGAUUCGUCGUCGACGUCGUCGCCAGGGAGAACGCCUUCCCGGAAAGGGAAACUAUUGCCAAAGUUCACAUUUGGAUCUUCGAGCCUACACAGCUGAACAGAAUCAUCCUAUCCAGACCUGUAACAGAAGUUAAAUGCGAACGCGAAGAGAUCAUCGCCGAACUCAGCAACGCCACCGGUAGUUUAGUCAUCAUCGAUGACAUCCGUUACCACACCGAUGACCUCGGACGCAAAAAUGAAGAAUGGAGUGAUAUGUACAUAUUGGUUAUCGAUCCAAACACCCACACGAUAGUCCCGGUGCCGGAGGUCCUUAAGAUAAUCGACGCGAAAUACGACUUCCUCAAGGAUUAUUACGCCGGCUUCGCCAUCCAGAACGUCGUGCCGGCGUUUGCUACAGAGAAGGAGGAGGCAUUCGAUCCGGCGCUGGCCGCUCUCAUCGCUCUCCUGAUCGUCCUCGUCGUCGGCAUAGUCACCUUUACCGUGGUCUGCUGUUGCCUACGGCACUGGUCGAUGCCACCAAACGGGGUCAAGAAGAAGGAUGCCCUCAUCAAAAAGGCCAUCAUCGAUGACCUGAACACCACGGAAAAUCCCCUGUGGAUCGAACAAAAAUUGAAAAUCUACGAAGAACAGGAGCUGACGAUGCAGGUCUUCAAUGAACCUGAGCAGAACAGGAGGAAUAGCGAAGACUUUGUUCCGGAUGACAACACCUACGCGACGAUCCAACAUCCGAACCGUCGAGGAUCCGUUCACAUGGCAACCCUCUCGAUGGCCGACGAGAUGGCCGAUUAUGCAACUCUGUCGGGGAUGCCUCUGCACUCAAACAGCAGCACCCUUAGGGGAUCACCAAACUACUACGAAGCUGCAAUGGGUUUCCAGGGGUCGACGUUCCAAGUGCCGGAACCCGUCGGGGGCAGUUCCGAAGAUUUCAACACUUUCAACAAGAGUCGGUUUAAGCACGACAAGCAGUCCGACUACGUCGCAGAACUGAUAUAAAUUAGGUUGAGAGAAGAAGCAGAAGCAGCAGCAGCAACAAGAGCAGAAGGUGCAGAUAGGGAUGAUCACAGCAACAAACUAAACAUAUUUUAAUGAGAGAGGAGUGAAUGUGCGUGAUAAGACAAUACAUGUUUUGAUGGCGGAUUGAGUUAGGAAAAGACUGUUCGAAUUGGAUCUUGCUGAGUAAAAUAAUAAUAAUUAAGUAAAUUGUGAUGACAGAACAAGGAAUGAUGUAAACAACAUACAACCAACAUGAUAAUUAAUUAACAAUAGGCAAGACACUCAAGUUCUUUUAAAAUCUUGUAUUUGUUUUACCGUUUUUUUUACCUGGUUGUAGAGAGUUCAAUGAGAAAUUAACAAUUAGCCAUAUCAAAGUAUUACAAUUAGUUUCGAUUCCUGAUUGGGGGAAAUAAAGUUCUCACAAUUAUCUUUGAUCGCUUCAUCCAAAAUCGAUCGGUCGUUCGAGAAAUGAUUAUGUCUUCGGUUUCUCGGAUGACCGAUUCAAUUAAGUUUAGGAUCGCAUUUGGAUGAGCGUAGAGGCGGGAGGAAGGAAAUGAUCUGCGUCCGUGUUCAUCUGACUUUUAGGGAUGAUGGUCCAACCAGCCAAAGGAUUCGAUACAGAUGUCGCGAAUCCUUUGUGCAACUCCGUUACCCCGGAAACCAACCCUCGUUUCCAUAGGAGACGCUUCUUAAAUUAGUAAACAAUGUAUAUCGUCGAUUGACAGAGUAGUAUCUGUUUCCGGGGCAACUGAAAUCAUUUCCGGACGAUCCCUUUGGCGAGCGAUAAGUUUUUCCAAAAUGAUAUUUCAUGUUAUUUAUUUACUUUUUUUCUGGUUGUUUCCCACAUGUAUCAUAAUAAUACAUCGCAGAAUGAAAACAAAAGAAAACCACUUAAUUAUAUAACAAGGAAUAAAUACAAUUAUAUAUAUAUAUAUUAUAAAUAAUAAGGAAAAAAAUCUAUUUAUAAAGCCAUUGAUUUCGGAUUUGUACACACUUUGUAAAUAUAAAUAAAAACAGUAUGUUUGUGUA